AUGCGGAUUCGGCAAAAGGUAAGAAACGCUGUUCUGUUAAAGGAUGGAGAAGCAGAUACAGUGAAACCCCUUUUUCUGUUGAAUAAAAUAAAAAAUAAAAAGUUGCAAAAAAGAAAUAAUGUGACCCUACAUAUGGACAACUCCAACGAAGACACUAGUAGGUUGUCUUUGCUAAAAAAUUUAGAUGACGAAUCAAAAGUUAUUACGCAAUCUCCAGAAUGGAAUGAAAAAAUGCCCUUAAUGGAAAUAACCAAUUUGCAUGCAAUAGAAGUAGAAGGGGGAAAAGAAAUACUAAAGGGAAUAAAUCUUACCAUUUAUUUAGGCGAAAAACAUACCAUUAUGGGGAGAAAUGGCUCUGGAAAAUCAACGCUAGCCAAAGUAAUAGCUGGCCAUCCCUAUUAUAAAGUUACAAGCGGUAGUAUAAAGUUUAAGGGACUAAAUUUAGAUGAAUUACCUGUUAAUGUGAGGUCAUUGUGCGGCAUAUUUUUAGCCUUUCAAUACCCUGUGGAAUUACCAAUGGUGAAAAAUAAUGAAUUUUUACGAGCCGCGUUGAAUAGCCAUCGCAGACAAAGAAACGAACCCGAGAUCAGUGCCACCGAAUUUGACCUCUUAAUGAUUGAAGAAAUAAAAAAAGUGGGACUCAGUCCGGAAUUUUUAGAUAGACCUGUUAAUUACGGUUUCAGUGGUGGGGAAAAAAAAAGAAAUGAAAUUUUGCAAAUGCUAAUAUUGAAGCCUUCCUUUUGUAUCCUAGAUGAAACGGACUCCGGUUUAGACGUAGACUCUUUCAAAUUAACGUCCAAUGUUAUUACGAAUUUUUCCAAUGAGAAGAAUUCUUUCUUAAUAGUUACUCAUUAUAAGAAGCUACUGGAAUUGCUCAGGCCAAAUUUUAUCCAUAUCAUGCACCAAGGGAAGAUUAUAGAAAGUGGGGACUACUCUCUCGUGGAUAAAAUAGAAACUAAAGGAUAUGCACAGUUUGUCAAGGAUUCGUGA